CUCUCUCUCAACGAUCUUCACAGCCUUGUUCUUCUUCCUUUGUUUCAGUUUACUUCGGCAACAGCCAUGGUGGUUCUCUCCUACUCCUCACUGAACCAGUUCUUGCUCCCCGACUCAUGCAUGUCCACGAACACACCAAGUUUCAUCAAUGAAAUCCCAGAAAUUGACCUCUCUGACCCUCAGGCAAAGACCCUCAUAGUCAAAGCCUCCCAAGACUUGGGCUUCUUCAAGCUCGUCAACCAUGGCGUCCCAUUCGACCUCAUCUCUAACCUCGAAACUGGGGCUCUCAAUUUCUUCGCGCUUCCUCAGCAUCAAAAAGACAGAGCCGGUCCUCCAGACCCUUUUGGCUACGGCAACAAGGGAAUCGGCCGCAGUGGCGAUGUCGGUUGGCUAGAAUAUCUUCUUUUCAACCUCAACCCUGAAGUUGUCUCCCCAAAAUCCCUCUCCAUUUUCCGGGAAAAUCCAGAAACUUUCCGGCGAACAGUGGAGGAAUAUAUAUCAGCAGUGAAGGAGCUGAGCUGUGAAGUGCUGGAAGUAAUGGCGGAAGGGCUUGGGAUAGAACAGAGGAAUGUGUUCAGCAAGCUUCCGAGGGACGAGAGAAGUGAUUGCUACUUCAGGCUGAACUAUUAUCCGCCAUGUGAAGGGGUUGAAGGAAUGAAGAUUGAAGAGAAACUGGUAGGUUUCGGGGAGCACACGGACCCACAGAUUAUCUCUGUUCUGAGAUCAAACACGUCGGGUCUGCAAAUCUGUGUGAAAGAUGGGACCUGGGUUUCAGUUCCACCCGACAGUACUUCCUUCUUCGUCAAUGUUGGUGACCUCCUUCAGACGAUGACAAAUGGGAGGUUUAGGAGCGUGAGGCACAGAGUGGUGGUGCCAGACACAAGCAAGACUAGAUUGUCAAUGAUAUACUUCGUAGGCCCACCAUUGAAUCAAAAGAUAACUCCUUUGCCUUGUCUGUUGAGCCACCAAGAAGAAAGCUUGUACAAGGAGUUCACAUGGUUGGAGUACAAGAAUUCUACUUUCAACUCCAAGCUUUCUCACGACCGACUUGCUCACUUCCACAAGUCUUAGGCUUCUAUUUAUAUGGAUGUAGAGAGUGAGCCAGCCAGCUUAAGCUCUUUUGUCAUAUCGAGUAUGGCCCCGUAAAUAAGUUCUGAGAAUACACUCAUGAUGCGUCACUAUCUUAGCCGUCGUUUUUAUCAUCUUUUAUUUCAUUUUUCUUUGUCUCAGACUCUCAUGAUGGUCACUAUCUUUUUAUUACUUGUAUGUAAUGGUCAUA